AUGCUGCGCAUGGGCUUCGGCUCGCAGCCAUCUCCCCUCAUGUCUGUCCAUGCGAACUCUAUCUCGCUGUCCCUGAUGCCGAAGGACCUACAGCGCGGAUUUGGGCCUUUGCAGUCCCAACUGCUCUUUGCGGGUCUCGAGCUGGGCGGCGCCGGCAGGGCCAUUGCCAUUGGCAACACAGAUCCCAGGACUUUCCGACACUUCGGGGCCAGGUCCUGCAUGGUCCAGGCGUACCUUGACACAGGUUUCGAGGUGGCGAACCCUGAACAUCUCGGAGAACAUCCAUCAUCGGCGAGCAUCUCCGGAGAGGUCGUUGGAGAAAGCUGUGGCUUUCGCCUACGUUUCUCAACGAAUGUCGUCGACAGAGAGUUUCUUUCGAACAAGGUGGUUCACUACUCGAUUUGGGUGAACUUGCUCUGCGUCUGGCAGAUUCGGUGCUUCAUGCACCAGAUGAACGAAGCCGACGAUGGUCCGGCAGUUUCUAAGGUCUCCAUGCUCUGCAUUGCUAUGCAGGCUUUGACCGAUGCCUACGACUCUUUCCUCCAUCUCUGCCUUGGUCUUUCAUCACAGUAUCUCUUCAACUCUAUGUCCAUGAUCGCGCUCUUCAAGUUCCUGCUGUGUUCCUUCCUGGAAGCCCGGUACCUCUUGAUCAUCCUGCGCCACCGACGGCACGAGGCCUUCGCUGAGGGAUGGGAAUCAGUGCGACGAGAAAUAUCAUGGCUGUACACACGAUUUUACGGUGCCCUGGUGCUGGGGCUCAUCAUCAUCUACAACUGUCUUCCUUUCCUCGACCUGGUGGUGCUUCUUCUGCAGUUUUAUUGGGUGCCGCAAAUUGCCUGGGACGCCUGGCAGGGCACGAGGGCCUCGUUGAAAGCUAGCUUCAUCUCGGGCAUCUCAGCAUCCAGGCUGCUUCUUCCGCUUUACCUGUGGGGCUGCCCCAAGUCGAUCUUCAGCGGAGAGAUCUACCCGCGGCUUCCCGGAGCUCCGAGCCUUCGGUGGUGUCUCCUUCUGGUCGGACUACAAGCGAUUCAAGUCGGAGUCUUGUUGUUGCAGCGGAGACUGGGCGCUCGAUGGUUUAUCCCAUGGGUUUGUAUGCCGUGGGCGUACAACUACAACCGAUUCGCUGCCGUUGAUCCGGGAUCUGAAUGCGUCAUCUGCAUGGCAGACCUCAAUCCAGAGGGUGGCCAGCACCACGUCGUGACGCCGUGCAACCACACCUUCCACCGAGCCUGCCUCGAGCAGUGGAUGGAUGUGAAGAUGGAGUGCCCGACUUGUCGCGCCGCUCUGCCACCGAUACAGUGA